ACUAUCAGCGCAGUGUGUCAGUGUGCGGCCAAGCGCUUGCAAAGAACGGAGUAGAUUGCGCGCUUAUCGAUGCUAUAAUUAGAAUGCGUUUGAAACAGUAAUGGCGAAAACUUUACUUCCGACUCGUGAAACAUUUCGCAAAUAAACUUAAUCUAUAACAAAAAUGGCAGAGAUUCCGGAGAAGGAUGUUGAAACUGACAAGAAAAUGGAUAGUUCUAAAUGUGCGAAGUGUAAGGAGGAAUUAACUGUUGAAAAACAAGCUAAAUUACUCCAUUGUUUACAUUCAUUUUGUCAAGCAUGUCUUGAAAAUUAUUCAACAUCCAAGUCGAAAAAUGGAAGCGAAGAGUCACAAAAAGACGCAAACGUUGACGGUAGUACUAAUCAAAUGAAAUCUUGUGCAGAAGUUUCUUCAACUGAUGAUAGCAAAACAAGAUGCCCAGAGUGCCAUGUAGAGUAUGUUGCAGCUAAUGUUCUACCAAAUCCAUUCAUACACACUUCAAAAAAGGUUGAUGCUCGAAUUGAGGAUGGUUCCCCAUCAGAUGCAGAGAAAUUUCCGGUGUGUACGUCCUGCGAAGAUAACCAAAAAGCUUCCUCGUUUUGUGUCGAUUGCCAAGAAUGGUUGUGUGACCCUUGCGUGGUGGCACACAAACGCGUCAAACUCACUAAAGACCACAGCAUUUCAAACAAGGUAAAACCCGAUGAAGUGAAGGAAGGUAUCGUCGGGGACAGUAAGCAAAGGCACGUUCAUUGCCAGACACACAAGACAGAAAUGCUAAAGUUGUUCUGUCUGACUUGUGAAACAUUGACGUGUAGGGAUUGUCAGCUGAACGACCAUAAAGAUCACAAGUACCAGUAUAUUGAAGAGACGAUUGAACAGCAGAAGAAAUUACUAAUGGAAGGUGUGGCGGCAUUGAAGUCAAGGCUAAAAACUAACCAAGAAAUGGCUGAAAAAAUAACACAGAAAGAGAAAGACAUUAAAGAUCAACAGGUUGAAGUGUUUAAGGAAGUGAGAAAAGUGGCUGAUUUGAUAACAAAUGAAUUAAUCAGUUGGUGUAAACAGCUUCUGAAUUUUCUUCAAGGUGUUUGUCACGGUAGAAUUAAAGACUUGACAUUUAAGAAAAAAGAGGUUGAUACCUUCGCAAAACGGGCAAAACAUACAAUAUCAUUUGUGGAGUCAGCCCUGCAGUCAGGCGAUGACUUGUCUGUGUUACACACUAAAAGCUUUAUGACUAAAAAUAUCAAAACUUUACAAGAUCAAACAAUAAAUUUCCAAAAUACUUUGCUAGAUUUGAAUAUCAAGUACGAAAAUGAUGCAAAAUUUUUAACAAAGAAUGUAAGUAAAAUGGGAUUUAUCAACGUGAACGGUAAAUCUUACCCCCAGCAAUCCGUAGCUGAGCCGCAGAAACCAGCUAUAUGUACCCUCAACAACCUUAGCAAAGAAAAUUUCUCGCAGCAAAUAGCUGAAUUAAUACAUCAACAGCCACACGCAACCAGAGAACAGUAUAAAAAUCUCCCCGUGGACCGGAAGAAACAGUUUUUAGCACAGUUAAUGAGUAAUUGUGGAAGGCAAAGGCCAGCUGGAGGUCAGCAGCAAGUAAAUUUACAGCAACAACAACAACAGUUACAACAGCAGGCACAAAUACAGAAUCGCAUGGGACAGUUUAACAGUGACAGUGGUGCAGUUCAAGAUUUAUAUAAAGUUCGGCCACCGCAGCCUGUCAGACAGCCGGGACAGUUCUUUCAACAGAACACUUUCCAAACAAAUUUGACCAGUACUAGUAGGCAUCCACUUCAACAACAACCCUUCAGGCCAGGGCCAAGCCUAGCAACACAAAAUUUACAGCACUGGCGAGGAACAAGACCUCCGCAGCCUGGUUAUCCCAAUGCUGACAUUGGUUUUGGUGUAUCUUCUACUCAAAAUUGGCAGGAUGCUUCGUACAAUUCUCUGCAAAAUCUGAUGUCUUUUAGCAAUGGAAACAUUGCCUCUUCCUCUACGUACCUACCUCAAGGCAGUGCCGGUCCAAACAAUUCUGCAGUAUCAUCGUCCUUAACAAGGCCGAAUUCCAAUCCAAACCUCAUUCCAGGGAACAAGCUCCCCCCAGGAAAAUUUGAUAUAGAUCCGUUAAAUCUACGAGGAGGCAGUGCAGAACCUGUGAGAGUCAAACAAGAACCAAAAGACCGGGACUUCAGUUCUUGCCAGUUUUCCAACAGACCACCUAACCAAACAACACCCAAACCUCCAGAUCACAACCCAAGAUUGCAGUCUCCAUCUACCAGUACGAAUCACCAUUCCCCGGGCCACACACCCAGUCCUAGUCAUUCAGAUGGAGGGCCUGGGGCUGCUCAUCGUUCCUCAAUCUCCCCAGCCAUGCCAGAUAUUAAUAUAAUUGACACUGACCGCAAUGAGCUUCUACAGGGAUUGGUCAAUCCUAGUGGUCAAAGGUUGAAUGCAUAUCACCUCCAGCCGAAGCACGAUCCCUCUGACCCAUCGGAAGAUUACUGUGCCGUGUGUCACAAUGGAGGGGACCUGUUAUGCUGUGACAAGUGCCCGAAAGUAUUCCAUUUACAGUGUCAUGUACCGGCUAUAAGCACCAACUUCUCAUCAAAACGAGGGAUCAAACAAAAGAGUUACACAUUUGCCUUGUUACAUCCACUAGCAGAAGCUAAAUGUGAAGUAUGGACAUGUACAUUGUGCUCGGCAGAUGAAGAAUUGAAGAUCAAGUCUCCGAUACCCAAAGAGUACGAGGUGACGAGCACUGGCAAGCGGAAAGCACCAAACGGACUUGUUGACAAGGAGAUUAAGGUAUGUGAGAGGAUAUUACUGGAGUUAUUCUGUUUGGAGAUCAGCACAGUGUUUCAUGAGCCUGUUCCAAAAUCGGUCCCGAAUUACCACAAGAUCAUUAAAGAUCCGAUGGAUUUUGGAGCCAUCAAAUGCAAGCUUCGUAGAGGGCAUUUUGCCCAUUACAAUUCAGUAGAAGAAUUUCUAUCCGACAUCAAGCUUGUGUUUCGAAACUGCUUUAAAUACAACUCUGAAAAAUCAGAUGUUUAUGCUGUAGGAAAAUCAGUUCAAAACUAUUUUGAAUCGCUCGUGAAACAUUUCUUGCCGUGUUAUGUAGACUACCUCAGCAGGCGCACGCCUAGUCCUGUCACAACAAUGGAGUCAAAUGGAACUGACGGGCAGAGUCGCAAUAAGAAACGCAGAAGUCCGGCACCAGACUCUACAAGGGAUAACAAUAGUCCAGUCCAUUUUUCUUGAGAAUAGAAAAAAAAUGACUUUAAUUUUGAUGAAAAAUGAAAUUUCGACAUACAUGUGCUUUUUAUCCCCCUUUAUUAAUACACAAAUAUAUUAUUGACAUUCCAACUUACUACUAUGAAUUUAAUAAGCUGCGCUGGUAAUAAUGUGCAUAAUUUGUAUUCAAUUUGGUUUUUAAGAAAGAAUGUGAAGAAAUUGAAUAUUUAUCCAUUUUUGAUCCAAACAAUUUCUGUAUGACUUGUAUAAAUGAUUGUAAAUAAUGUCUAGUCAGCUAUUGUGUUGCCACUGUUAGAUUGGUUCAAUAUUUAACCUUUAACCUGCUGAAUUUGUGAAAUGGACUCACCCUGAUUUGAAUUUAGAACAGUCCAUUCAAAUAAUUAGGGAUUUCAACAUGAAAUUGCAAAAAUUUUGAUUAACCAGCAGACUCAGGCUGACAGACUGGGUCUAUUCUGAUGACAAAGGCUAAAUCAUUUUUUUUUUUGCUCCAGCAGGUUUUAGGGUUAAGCAUUGGAAAUAUCAACUAAUCUAAAAAGUGGGUGUUUGUAAAAUGUGCUAUAUUAUUGAGUGACUUUUGUAUAAUAGCAAGGUGAUAUUAGUGUAAUACUUAAGUGACUUGUGUGUGUUCUGCCAAGGUUGAUAUUGGUUCUUUCUGUAAACCCACAGCAGUAUAACUUAUUGCUAGAUAACUUUCUCAAAACAAAAAUGAGAAGAUAUUAAAUAAAAAAAAAAUACGCAGUUAUUUUACCACUGGUUCAAUCUGAAAUUUUCAUUGACAAACUUAAAACUUUAUAAAGAGCACUGUGUCAGAUAUAUGUAUAAUGUAUAAAGUUUGUGGUCAAGUGACAUUUCUAAGAAAACAAAUGUUUUAUCGAAUUUUUUUUUGUGUUAUGGUAAAAGUGAUAUUAAUUAUAUGGUAAAGUGAAGUUUGUGUAUUAAUGCCAAAUAUUUAUAUUGACAGUGUAAAAUGAAAUUUUGAACAGCAGUAUAAAAUCAAUAGUUCACGUUGACUGAGCAACAGAAACUUCCAAAAUAUUUCUGAGAUAUGUUCAAAAUAAUGGAAUGUAGUAAGAAAACAAACAAAAUGUUAUGUCUAAUUUGAUUGUUAGUGUAAGACUGGUAUUUUUUUGUUAAGAAAUAGUAGGUUACUUAUAAUUCAAUAGUUUAGGUUUGUUGCCCAUUUGUCAAGAAAAGUGUGAUUAAUACGUUUUAAUGCCAUUUUUUGUAUUGUCUGAUUUAUUUAAAAAGGGUUUGUUUUUUUUUCUAUUAGAGUCUAUGAGUUUUUUUUAGUUGUUUGAAAUUCCAGUUAUGUUAGAUUAAAUGUGACAAUACCAUGAGGUUUUUGGCAUCAUUUAAGCUACCUGAAGCUAUUAAUAUCUGCUUUUUGCUGGGGAUUUUUGUACUCUAAAUAAAGGCAAGACAAAUCUGCUUGUAACUAAAAUGGACUUCAUAUACCCCCACAGUUCAUUUGCUACAACAAUUCUAGGAGUAGGUUUUAAGUAAACAGUUUUUUUAUCAAAAAAUUAAAUAUCCACUUACAAAAAGAGGUUUAGCACUUCAGUUUGAAAAAGAAUGUGAUAGUGAUACUUUUAUCAUGCGGGUCAAACAUUGAUAUAUAACUCUAUAUAGUCGUACCCUCACAAAUAUAUGUACGUGAUUAAAUUGUUAAAUGUACUACAUUUUUAUAUAUAUACUAUUAUUUCAUUUGCUCUUAUUUAUACUUUAUUAGAUUUUUUCAGUUCAGUUGUUGAAUUCAAGAAAAUUGUAUGUUGUUCAUACAAAAUUGUUCAGUAUGAAUGCAGUAUUUUGGUUAUUAAGAAGACUUGACUUCAUAAGUCUUUUGAUUGUAAAAACAAAACAAAAGUGCUAAUUUAGCAAUAAAAUUUUUAAACUUCA